AUGCCUUUCCUACUUCCAACCAGUUACGCCGACAGUGAGCAUGAAGAGGUACAGAAGGUAGCGAGAGAGAUCGGUGUCGGAGUAUCGGACGACAUACAAGCAGCUCGGGCAGUUAGGGACUGGGUGAGGAGAAACAUCUGCUACGUGCUAGACGACAAGGAUAGAAGAGCGAGCGAGACAUUGCGGUCGAGGGAAGGCAUGUGCACCAACAAAGCCAACCUACAGGUCGCGUUGCUUCGAGCGCUGGGCGUGGCUGCAGGGUACGUGCUGGUGAAUGUAACGCGCGAGGCAUUCAGAGUCUCAGGCGUGGAGGAGACGCUUGUAGGACAGAUAUCUGAACCGACAGUGCACUGCUUCUGUGCCGUCUACAUCGAGCGAUACGGUCGCUUCUUGCACUUUGAUGGAACUGAAGAUCUGGAAAGUUUGGAGCAGGAGAAUCUCCUUCUAGAAGAGAGCGAAGACACGGGAGAGACGAGGUAUAAGCAAGACUUCCUGCGAGGACCCUUGGGGCCAGUGCAGUCCAACAUCGAUCACCUUUUGGCGUGGAAGUUUCCUCGUAAGAUACCACAAGAGCUCAUCGAGGAGCAGAACUCCAGCUACAGGAAGCGGAGGAGGCUACAAGCUGAAACACAAGCCAGGUCCUUCACGAGGCAUGAGGAGGCGUCGGGGGCAGCAUCGCCGAACGGGUCGAGUGAUGGCUUGGCUGCCAGAUCUUGA